AUGCUCCCACUUUCGCUGCUCAAUGCCGCACAAGGCAAGCCUAUGCUCGUCGAGCUCAAGAAUGGGGUUACGUUCAACGGACACCUCGUCGACUGCGACAACUUUAUGAACGUUACCCUGCGCGAGGUCUACGAGACUAGUGCGGAUGGGGAGCGGUUCUGGAAGAUGAAGGAGAUGUUCAUCAAGGGGAAUGUGAUCAAGUACUUCCGCAUUGCGGAUGCGGUGCUCGACCAGGCCUCCGAGGAGCAGGAGAAGCAGCGCGCCGAGCGUGCGGCGCAGAAGGCUCGUGGCGGUGCUCGCGGAGGACGCGGUGGCGGCAUGCCCGGCCGUGGCGGCGGUGGAGGACGCGGUGGACCACCUCGUGGGAUGCCCCAGCGCGGGCGCGGUGCGCCGGGACGAGGCACGCGUGGUGGCGGCCCGGCGCGGUAG